AUGGAGACGACGCAGAGGCCAUACUUAAAGUCUAUCGGUACCAGAGGCUACAUACAAGGGUGUACUAUCUCAACUAGGUCUCCUAACACACCACUGUGUCAUUACUUUGGCGGACUCCGCUAUGCUCUGCCUCCAACAAAACGAUGGCGCAAGGCUCAGAAAUUGCCCCUGACAUAUAGUUACGGCACCAAGGACCGUCCCUACCAAUGCCCUGGCGCUACACAGAGCUGUCCACAAGCGACCUUUUUCAACCUCUCCAGCACAGCAGCUGGAAAUGAGGAUUGCUUCCAGUGUAACGUGUGGGUUCCCCUUGGAGACCCUCCGGAAAACGGAUGGCCUGUGCUCUUCUUCAUCCACGGCGGCUUCUUACAAUUUGGUUCGCCGAACUCCUUUUCUCUCGCGGCCCUCCUAGGCGACACAGAUUUCAAUGCCAUUAUUGUGAUGCCGGCCUACCGCCUGAACGUCCUCGGGUUUUUAUAUUCCUCAGAAUUAGAGCAGGAUGCCGCCUCUGUAGGCGAGACUGUCGGAAAUCAUGGGUUCUGGGACCAGCGCAUGGCCCUUGAGUGGACCAACGAGAACAUUGGCUUUUUCGGCGGCAACGGUUCUCAAAUCACCCUCGCUGGAUACUCCGCAGGCGCAUACUCCGCCUGCUACCAACUGACGUACGAUCUCAACCGACCGGACUCCCAAGCCCUCGUCAAACGAGCCUGCAUCUGGUCAAACUCCUUCACCGUACAACCAAAGCCUCCCAGCCUCGCUCAAACGCAAUUCAACCAAUUACUCUCCGCUCUCAAUAUCCCCAUCUCCCUCUCCAGCCAAGAGAAAAUAUCCCGCCUCCGCUCCACCCCCGAGCGCACCCUCCUCUCCGCCGCAGCAAGCAUCGACCUGCACGAAUUCCGCCCAACAACAGAUAACACCUUUAUCCCAAACAAUCUCUUCCACACCCUCGACAACGGCGUCCUCGCCUCCAAGCUCGUAGCUCGCAACAUCCACAUCAUCACCGGCGAAUGCCGCGACGAACACUUCCUCUACGGCACCUACCGUCGUCCCUUCAAGAACACCUUCGGCUACCUCCGCGCCCGCUUACUAGCAGACUACCCACGGCCGGUUGUCGACGCUCUCAUGAAAACAUACUACCCCAACGGCACGCUCCCGCGCAACUGCAAAGACUGGACCUCCGACGCCUUCGGCCGCAUCUACGCCGACAUGCAGAUCCACGCAAUGCAGCGCGGGUUCAUCUACGCCCUCACAAACCCCAUCACGGGUAACCCCGCGGUGGGCGCACAAGUUGAUAAGCUCAUUCACCGGUACCGCAUGGAGUACCGUCUUAAAUGCGCGGACCGCUCCGCGCCGCCGGAGUGGGGGGUCACGCAUGCAACGGACCAGUAUAUCUGGUUCUGGGGGAAUGGCGACAUUGUUCUCCCUGAUGAGAAGGCUAUCAUUAGGAAAGCGGUGAUCGAUCCGUUUAUUCGGCUUGUUCAUGGUGAGCAGGAUCUGGGGUGGGGGACGAGCAGUCAUAGGGAAAUGAGAACGCUGAAGCCCGAUGGGUCGGUGGAGAUUUGGCGCGAUGAGCUUUGGGAUGAUGCGGUGAGCACUUGGAAGGCGUUGAGGGAGGUUUCGGCGUUUGAUGAUGGCAUGUCUUCGAGGCUUUAG